ACCGUCGCUAAGCAAACCCACUCCGUAUCCACUACAUAGCAAGCGGUCGCGUGUCUAGUGAGCAGCGUUUUAGCUCCGAGUCGCUUUCACACGCAGAACCCAGCGGAAAUGGUGUGUUGUUGCGUUUCCUCACCGAGGCUGCGGGUUCGUUUGUCCAAGUUUCAGCUUUAAAGAAGGUGAAAGAGGGCUCAUCUGAAAGAAAAAAGAAGAUAACGAUGUACAGCCCAAAAGAGCUUGAAGGGGAGGUAGAUCAUUCGUUCUUCGACAGUGACUGCGAUGUGAGCAGCACCAAGCCAGAAAACCCUGUCUUCCAGAGGAAGGGGAAUGGAAGCCACACCGAUGAGAAGCUUCCCGAUCAAAUCGAGAGAGAGGUCGAAGCGUGUGGAAGCUUGAAGAUGGAAAAUAAAGAGACUGCAUAUGGAGCAGGAACGUUAGAGAAAGAGAUGUCCGGACUUGAGCUUCAGAGCGGGUUGGUUGUGAAGGAUGGUUCUGAAUGUAAGGAGGACAUCGAAAUCAGAAAAGAAGAAGUUGCUUAUCAGGAGAGUGAAAAGGAACAAGCCAAGGAAAGAGAAGAUCCACUUAAAAAAGAAGAGGCGGCAUGUGGGAAAGAGGACUCCGACACCUCAUCCAGGAAAUCCUCACCACUUCCUCGUUCUGACAUGUCCGAUUCGAGCCGCGGCAGCCAAUCGGAUGACUCGUCCAGCAUCUGCUGCUCUUCCUCCUCGUCGGCGGCCGAGGAAGACGAUACUGUUUUUAAAAACGAGGACGAUGGCUACAGACGGAGUGAACCCGCCAAAAAGUCCACAGGCAAAUUCCGCAACCGGAGCCAUAGCCACCCGUCGUCAUCCAGCAAUGGAGAGAGAAGCUCCACCCCCUUGGCCAAGCACUCCAAGACUCAGUCAACCUCGUCACCACGGCGACAACCACGACCGGGAUCAGCCAAUCGGAAGCAAAGGCCCAAAACCAUGGAAACAGCCGAUUCCGAUGAUACAGUGACCGACGUUACUCCUCUGUCCUCUCCGGACGUUAGUCCCCAACAGUCGUUUGACCUGGCCCCGCCCACUUCCACUGAAUCAACCCUACCUGUCCCACCUACUGACGCCUUGGAAACUGUUGAUGGAAAGCAGCUGGAUGUGAAUAUGGAUGGAGAGGAACCAUCCGCCAUGCCGAGCGCAGGCAGGCUUCUGGACAGGGUGUUGCUCGUCUCCACUCCCGGCAACACCUCCGUCAGCAGCCUCAGGAGCACUGCAAGUCAGCGCCAUAAGAACUACACCUUCACCAGCGACGAGGUGCGACGCAUCGAUCGCGAGAACCAGCGGCUCCUGCACGAGCUCUCGCGCUCCACCAUGCGUUCUUCCUCUCGCCCCACCCACCGCUCAUCCGCAACGCCCUUCCGCCUUUAUCACAGCGCCCUCAACAGGCAGCGCGAGCAACAGCGCAUCCAGCGAGAGAACCUGGCCUUUCUAAAGCGUUUGGAGUCAGUAAAGGCGACUCCAGGAAUGAACCGAUUAGAACAGCUAACAGACUACCAGCGCCAAGCCGGGUACCUUGGAAUACCUACACCCCUCAUCAGAUCUACAUCAGGAAGAACUUCCAGAACCUGCAGUUCAACCAGUCCUCACAGAACCAGACCUGAAACCACGAAACCCACCAGAACCACAGCUCCACGACCGGCCUGGUCCUGAUCCAAACCCUCAGCUCUAUCACAUGCCAGACCGCUCAAAUGCUUCCUGCAAUGCAGCACCUCAGAUCUGGGUCGUGGCGAGCCGUGUUUCUGACGGACCUCUCGACCAGGUGAUCGGCUAGUUAUAUGUCGUCGUGUCUUCUUAAAUUUAUUUAUUUUAAAUUAAAAGUAUGUUGACGGGUUAACAGAAGUGGUUGGUAGAGAAGAGACCUCAAUGAUUAACUUAAUCCUCGCACAUAAACUCAUUUUAUAUAUAUAUAUAUAUAAUAUAUAAAAAAAAAAACAACCCGUCGCUCAAAGCUGCGUCACGUGAACCAGGUUCAGAAAUUUUCUCUCAUGUUGCCGUUCCCAAAACUAGUCAUGAUGUCUAUCGAGGCCAUACGUUACGAUUAUUUCACUUAUCAAAAGUCUUCAUUCUUGAGCUCUCUUCAUAAACUUAAAUCCUAGCUAGAGAAUAAAUAUUAGCUGACUAGCGAGCUAGAUAACAUAAUAUCCGGGUGGAUUGUGGCACAUGGUGAUUGAUUGAUUGAUUGAUUGAUUGGCAAAUUAGUAUAAUAAUCAUUAGAUUAAAAAAAAAAAUUAAUUCAACGCUAGGCUAUUCGUGUACUUUAGUGUUCUCAAGAAAACUGAAAAAUUAUUAAUGGACUGACCCUUGGAUAUAUGACGUAUCGCACUGAAUACUCUUCUUUACCAUAUUAUGACAAUCUGUGUCUUUUAUAAAACGAGGGUUUUGAAUGUACAAGCCAAAUUUAAAAAAUUGACCCCGACUGUUUUCAGAGUACACGCACAUGACAAUCUACAUCAGCCAUUUCUCGAUCAGUGAAGGAAGUUAAGCCUUAUUUUGCUCGAUCCAGUGUUUAUUUUGCAGCUUCACAUUGCACUUGGCAACUUUAGAGAACUGAAAUGUACGUAGAAUCGCUCAUACGCUCCUCUCAGAGCGACGUAGUCGAUGCCUAUCUACAGUCCGCUUGCUUUCUUUGUGCCUGAAAUAGCAGUAAGCUUAAAUGAUUAACCUGCUGAUGACAAGACAAUGAAACACUUUUGCUUUUACUGUUUACUGUAAUAAGAGCAUUUCAUCUGUGGUGUAAGAUUAAAUAGAAAUUACAUACAUACUAUAUAUUUGAUAUUGUCAAAUCUGUUUGCUGAAAUAAAAGUCUUUAAUUUCC